CACGGAAGUUUCCCUAGAUAAGACGUAACGUAGGUUAGUAGCUUCUCGUUCUUUCCCUUCUCUCUCUCUCUCAUUUUCCUUCGUUUUCCUCGCUCUCUCUUCUAUUCUCUUUUCUAUAUUUAAUUCCCCCCCAUACGAACCUUCUAGAACUACCAAACCAAAACUCACACCAUCUACAUGGCUCCGGCUAUGGAGCAAAACGGUGAGUCGGCAACGAGCGAGUCACAGCGAUCUAUUCCGACGCCGUUUUUGACGAAGACGUUUCAACUAGUCGAGGACCGCACAAUCAACGACGUUAUCUCCUGGAACGACGACGGAUCAACCUUCAUCGUUUGGAACCCUACCGUUUUCGCCAAAGAUUUGCUCCCUAAGUUUUUCAAACACAACAAUUUCUCUAGCUUCGUUCGCCAACUCAACACCUAUGGAUUUAGAAAAGUAGUACCUGAUCGGUGGGAAUUCUCGAACGACUACUUCCGCCGAGGGGAGAAGAAGCUGUUGUGUGAAAUUCAGCGCCGGAAGAUUUCUACUCCGGUGGUGUCUCCGGUGUCGGUGGCUACGUCGUCAGUUCCGAUGGUGAAGCAAUUGAUAUCGCCGUCGAAUUCCGGUGAAGAGCAAGUGGUGUCGGCGAACUCGUCUCCGACGAGGACAACUGCGCCGGCGGAUCUGAUUGACGAGAACGAGAGGCUGAGGAAGGAGAACGUUCAGCUUAGCAAAGAGUUGGCGGAGAUUAAAUCUCUCUGCAACAAUAUCUUCGCCUUGAUGUCCAACUUCGCGAACAACAACGGCAACAAGAAGUCGGAGCUCGUCGGAAAACCGCCGCUCGACUUGUUGCCGGCGAAGAGGUAUGCCGACGACGAAGAAACGGAAACUGAGACAGAAUCGGGCGCGAAACUGUUCGGCGUUCCCAUCGGCGUCGGCGGUGCGAUUGCGAAGAGAGCUAGAGAAAGCAGCGACGACGAUACGGAGUUGCGGUUACAGCAGCCCGAUCCCGCGAAACUAGAGCCGUUGGAUUGCGAGAGUAACGGUGAUGAUCGUCACGAUGACGGUAAUCGAAAAGCCACGUGGCUCAUCAAGCACUGCCACUGGGAUAGUAAUCGUAAUCAGAGGGUGUACAAUUGAUUGAUCUAGUUAGUUUUAGAAUAGGAGGUUGCACGUGAAAAUGAAAGCACUGGAUCCAAAGUCCCUAAAGGACUCACACGUGACAAAAUGGAGUCACGUGUGUAAUUAACCUGGAUGGGACAGAUUCAGGAAGUUUCUUAGAGCUUCUUUUAAUAUUAAUAUAUUUAGUAUUUUUUUUUUCUUC